AUGGGUUCCCUCUUUGGUAAAAGAGGAUACAAAUGGACUAAAAUGCUAGCUACUGGCAAAGUUUUCACGAAUGGUUGCAGCAAGGGAAUGGAUGAUAAUGUAACCAAGGCUAACAAACAUAAUGUCAUACAAUUUGAUCCCGAAAGACUCUGUUUGAUGGUUCAGGAUAAAAUUAAUCAGAAUUAUGGUUGUUCGACGGGUGCUUUCAGUGUUGACCUGAAGAAUCGUUGGUGUGACUGUGGGAAAUUUCAGGCAUUUCACUUACCUUACUCCCACCUUAUCACAACAUGUUCUAGUAUAGGUCAAGACUACUUCAUUCAAAUUCCAGAAGUAUUCACAGUUCUUAACGUAUUCAAGGUCUACAACAAAAGCUUCCUGGGACUACCCCACGAGGAGAACUGGCCAAAAUACGAAGGAUUUACUCUUUGCCACGACGAUUCCAUGAAAAGAAAUAAGAAGGGACAUACAACCAGUGGUAGGAUUAGAACCUAA